UCUGACCAUCUCAAAGAGGAGAGAAAGGGGACGAUGAUGGCUCACCAGUACCCUUCUUGGAUCUUCAUCAAUGAGAGGACGUUCAUUACCAGGGAACAACUUAAUUCUUUAUUGAAGACCUAUAACAUUUUUUAUGGGAACCAGAAAAAUCUACAUAUUUUAUAUGAGCAGCCAGACUAUUUAUCUUAUCACAGCAGCACUCUGAAGACACAUGCAAAUGAAGAGCCGGAAUCCCCACUGCUCUAUAGAACCAUGAGUGAAGCCACCCUGGUGAGAAAAAGGAGGAAGUCUCCAAUGAUGGACAGAAAAGACAGACAAAACCACAGGGCCUCUAUCAACGGGCACUUCUAUAACCAUGAAACAUCAAUUUUUACUCCAGCCUUUGGAUCAGAAACUAAGGUCAGAAUAAACAGUAACAUGAGGACUGAAGAAGUAAUAAAGCAACUUCUCCAAAAAUUUAAGAUUGAAAAUAGUCCCCAGGAUUUUGCUCUUUACAUUAUUUUUGCAACAGGAGAACAGAGACGGCUGAAAGAGACAGACAUUCCUCUACUGCAGAGACUCCUACAGGGACCCUCCAAAAACAAUGCUCGCAUUUUCCUCAUGGAUAAAGACGCAGAAGAAAUUAGCAGUGAUGUGGCUCAGUACAUUAACUUUCAUUUUUCUCUCUUGGAAUCCAUUCUUCAAAGAUUAAAUGAAGAAGAGAAAAGAGAGAUUCAAAGAACAGUAAUAAAAUUCAAUACAGAAAAGGCUAUGAUACUGAAAUGUCUCCAAAGCAAACGGGUGGUAAAAACAGAGACUACAGUUUAGUAGUACAGGCCACUAUUGCUAAAACACUUCAGCAAAGAGAGAUAUUACUAUUCGGUGAAUACGUAAACUCUGUACUUGCAUUCAUACAAAUAUAUAUGACCUUGAAUCUGUAGAAAAUUGAAUGUCAAAAAAGCUUGUUUCUCCUUGAAGUGAUGAAGUUAACUAGAGUUCACAAGUGGACUAAAAUGAGCUGGAAUUUAGUUUCAGUAACUGAAAUAAGCCUGGAUACUGUGUAUCCCAAAUUUCUUUUAUAGUAAAACAUGUAAUGAACUCGAAUAUAAAUGGUGUCUUCAAAUACGCAGAUUAAUCUUGUUUGAGCUUGAACUCUCAAGAGAACUGAAACAUCAUCAACCAACUCAGAAAUGACUCAGAAGUAAAAGCUGCCAGUUCUUGAAAUGAGAAAGAAGUACGUUUUUACACUGUCGAGGAAUCUAAUGGCAAAACUCUGGCAUUUUCAUAGCAUCCAGGACUAUCUUUAUAUGGGUAGGUGACUUCUGGCUA